AUGCAGGACACAAACGAGGUCUUCGAGUAAGUAUCUCGCUAAAAUAACUAAAUUUGCUUGUUAGGAGCCCCCUGAACAGUCGAUAUGCCAGUUCCGCGAUGAAAUUCAACUUCAGUGCCAGACGAAAAGUUACGUUGUGGCGUCAACUUUGGAUAUGGCUCGCAGAGGCGCAGAAAGAACUGGGCGUCGAAAUAACCGGUAAUUGCGUGAAUAUCAGUGUCACAACAUAUUUUUUGGAUACAGCUUGUCGGAACCAAUUUUUUCUGUUUUCUUAGAUGAACAGUUAGAGGAAAUGCGAGGAAAGAUGAAUGAUAUUGACUUCGAAAAGGCAGCUCUGGAGGAAGUCCAACGCCGGCAUGACGUUAUGGCCCACGUCUAUGUAUUUGCCUCUGCCUGUCCCAAAGCAUCACCCAUCAUCCACCUUGGUACGACAUUCACGUAUUGUUCGUAUGCUAUUUACUUAUUGCUACUCUUACCGGAUUCGAUGUCUCGUACCGCGCCUCUCCACACGAGGCGAUAUUUGGGAGGAGAGCUGUUGAGCCUGAACCAUUCGUCCCUCUGACAGUAAAGGUUUCAUAAAGUGACUGGGGACCCCCCAAACGUCUGGACAGACCUCGUUGAACUGGCUUUUAGCCUGACGGCCUUUGUCGUUGCAAGUGAAAAGAGUGGCUUCUAAUCUAAAGUGACAGCACUCAGGACAGACUGGAUUACAGAAAUUGGCCUGAACCACCUCAUUCAUCUUUCUUGGCUUGUUUACUAAAUUUAGUGAUCCUAUCGACUUCGCAGCAAUUGUUACCUGUCUAAUUUGCGGCAAUGUCGGCUUACUUCAUUCGAAGGAUCGUUACCAAUCAACAGUGGUCUAAGAAGUCAAAUGCUGUCACACAUCAUAUGUGCUUCUAGCCCAACAUUUACAAAUGAUAGGUAUACCGGGUGCCGGGUAUGUACGGGCAAUCUAGUUUUACGAUAUACUUACGCAGUUUGGUGCUAUUAUCGAAGUUCUCUAUUGCCCCACCCGCGCGUGCUUUCUUGCCCAAAAAGGCUCACACGCGUGAGAAAUUUUUUCGGGCUUUCGCCUGUAAUAUUCAACAGCCUUCUAACUAGGUUCCCGGACGAAUUGUACGCGGUUCUGCCUGUGUUGAAUUUGCACCUGGAUCCUGACUGAUCGACUUCGAUUACAUCGUCAAAAUUACACCAAACUACAAGUAUCUGCACAACAGCCUUCUGUGAGGGCUGGGGUCGCCAAUCCACCCACCUAAUUUCAUAAGUUCUAUAAAGACUGAAUUUUGACCACUGACAAUACAACCACGGCUAUUCUUAAACUGUUUUGUAGAAAUAGGAGCCAUCUUACCGCUCUGUGCAUGGACGGAGGAAACACAUCACAUUCAGAACCUUCACAAUUUAAAAACGUUUAGUCUACAAUUCACAGGUUUUGUAAGCCUGCUUUAUUUUCCCAACUUGUAGUUCAUAAAGAUUUAGUCAUACCUGAUCUGGUCAACCCCAAUGAUGUCGCGGACAUCACCUCUCAACAAGUGACUCUCAACAUUAGCGGAUCCGGAGGGCUCGACCAACUUCCAUAUCUGAUGACAAAGCUCGAAUACUGA